AGCCUUCCGGGCUCAAUUCGUUUCGCGUGAAGAGAAGACGAGGUAGACGUGGUGCGGUUUCGGGAGCUCCGAAGUGACGCGUGAUGACAUCGGUGAACCUGAAGAUCAAGCCAGUUCAAGCACCCAGUGGUGAAGCGGAGAUAGCGAUUAGCAUCGACACCACGUGUACGGUGGAAGAGCUCAAAGAAAAGGUCGCACCGCAGGUGAACAUUCCUGCGAAGAAUAUUCGUUUGGUAUGUGCAGGUCGGAUUUGGCAAGAUGCUCAGACCAUCGGUUCCUAUGAGCCGAAGGACGGCGUAGUGGUGCACUGCUUGAACAACCCGCAGAGAGACGCGGCUCCGACCGAUCAGACACUGGCGCCAGCCAACCCCAUGUCACAGAUGAUGGGGGCGCCGGCACCGGCACAGAAUUCAGGCGAUCCAUUUUCCCAGAUGAUGGCGCAGACACAGCAGCAGAUGAUGCAAAAUCCCGAAGUGAUGCAGCAGCUCAUGAAUUCCCCGAUGGUUCAGCAGAUGAUGAGCAACCCCGAGAUGUUGCGCGCCAUGGUGCGGAUGAAUCCUCAGCUAAAUGAACUCAUGGAACAGCGUCCGGAGAUCGCCCGGAUGCUGGAAGACCCGGAGCUGCUACAGCAGUCCUUGCGCAUGGUGGCGAAUCCAUCUCUGAUGAGGGAGAUGACCCGAAAUGCAGACAGGGCACUAGGUCAGUUAGAUGCGAUGCCAGGUGGGCACAAUGCUCUUGUGCGUGCUCAUGAGGAGUUUGCAGAUCCGCUUUUCGAAGCCAUGUCCGGAGGUGGUGGCACCAAUCCCAGCACAACAGCCGCGGUAGACUACUCCCAGGACACCUCCUCCGCUCCGAAUAGCGAGGCAUUGCCCAAUCCUUGGGGUCCUCCGCAACAAGUGACUCAGGGAGGUGGGGCAGGCCCAACCCAGGUGGGUGGUCCUCCUCCAGAACCCACUCCCAUGCCGACCAUGUCCGGGUUCCCUAUGCCCAAUUGGGGCAGUGGGCCACUAGGUGGGCCACCUGUCCAACAGAUGAACCGUGCCUACACCGGAGGACCUUUCAUGACCCCCUGGGGGACCUAUGUGAAUACGCACAUAACUGCCCCAAGCGCACCGGGAAUGACAGGGCCAGGCACCACAGGGCCCAGUACCACAGGGCCAAGCAUGACAGGGCCAAGCACCACAGGGCCAAGCACCACAGGGCCAAGCAUGACAGGGCCAGGUAUGACAGGCAUGCCGCCAGCAGCAGGCAUGCCGCCAGCAGGUGGCAUGGGUGGCUUUGGUGGCAUGGGUGGCAUGGGUGGAUUUGGUGCUCCUGGAGGAUUUAACAUGGCAGCCAUGAUGAACGCCAUGAAUGCAAUGGGUGCUAUGGGCCAGCCUGGUGGCAUAGGAGGAGCCGGUGGAACCACCACAUCUCCUCAGACACUACAACCAAUGGGACCAGCCGCCGGCAACGCCGCAGCGAACCCGUUGAAUCGCGUGCGCUUCGCCUCGCAACUAGCGCAGCUCUCCUCCAUGGGGUUCAACAACGAGGCCGCCUGCUUGAGAGCGCUGGCGCGGCACGAAGGUCGAGUAGAUGCCGCCAUUGAUUCCCUGCUGGCCGGGGAAGAUGACAACAACCCCUAAGGGGCUGGGCAACCUCAGUGGCUCUAUGGCGCACGGCGGCUUCGGUUCCUGCUGGUUCCAAAAAUGCCCUGCCAGACCAGAAAGUCGAGCCGCUGAGGGCCUAAACCAAAAAUGGUUUGGAAGGAGAGAGUGAGAGUUCUCAAAAGUAAAGCUCCCAAAGCUUUUCGUGCAAGAGCUGCAUAUCAGAAAAACUUGUACUGUGCCAGUUCCGAGAG